UGGGUAUCUGCAAGGCAGCCUUGGCUUGGGAAGUUGGUGAGAGAAGCGGGGAAGGGCUUGGAGGAGCGGAAGCAGAUCGGGACCAAGGGAAGCCAUCCUGGUUUAGCUCCCCUGCGGAGGGGAGCAGAGGGGAAGGUCCUGCUCGUCUCCCCUCGGCUAAGCUUGCGUGCACAAGGUUUUCUGUCGCGUGGCGGCGGCGGAUGAUUUAGCAGGGGCGCAAGGACCCGAAGUUCUCGCUGAUGGAUCUGCGCAAAACUUUUACCCAUGGGUAACAAAGGAGUCCGGAGCAAAUUCACCAAUGAUUGAAAAACAAAACAAACCCCCCCAAUAACUAAUAAGACUGAAAGACAGUUUGUUGUUAAUUUCAACACAAUGAGCCGCCGUGGAAACAACUGGGCCUACACCGAGGUCAUUGACCUCCUGGAUAUAUGGGGAGAGCAGAAGAUCCAGAAGCUGCUCCAGAGCAGCUACAGAAAUAUGGACACGUUCCAAGUAAUUGCAAGCGAGAUGGCCAAGCGGGGACACGAGCGCACUGCCCAGGAGUGCCGGACCAAGACGAAAACAAUGCGGAGGGAUUACAAAAAGGCCAAGGACAACCCCUCUUCGCUGGGCGGCCGCAUGACGUGCCCUUUCUAUGAGCAGCUCGAUAGGAUAUUGGCCGGCGAUUCUGGCUCCCAGCUCCCAAGGAGGCUACCUCAUGCUGCUCUGCCGGAGGAAUCGUCGGGGGAUACCAAUUCUCCGUGUCCCCUGGUGGAAGGAGCCGCGCCCGUGGUGCCCGAGGACUAUAGUGAGAGUCCGGAUCAGUUUUCCCCAUGCACACAGAUCGCUGUGGAGAUCUCCGAUUCCGCCACGCCCAGCCCCAUGUUCUACAUGACGAGGGCGGUCUCCGCGAAGCCCGCAAGCAUGUCUUGGCCGGCAGCAAAGGCUGACCAUCCGGCUCCAUCCCUCUCCUCUAUGUUCCUCAGUAACCCCAGCAGCUCAUCAACCAAAGGUUCCAGAAUGGAUGCAACAGUGGCCCCUUCAUCAGCUCUGCUGCCCAACUGCCCGACUCUGUCUUCCGAAGGGCGGCUGACCAGAGUCCGAAAGCGCCAAAGAAAAACCAGGAACGACUUGGUCAUGGAACUGUCGCGAAUAGCAGACAGGAGGGUUCAGACCGCAACCGACAGAAUCCUGUCUUCCUUAAACCGGUAUGCCACCGCUGACCUUCAGGACCGAGAGAGGGACCGGGCAGACACGGCGCAAAUCAUUGCCAUCAUGCAUCGCCAGACAGAACUGCUGGAAUCGCUGGUGCAGAUGCAGUCUGUCGAGCAGACGCCAGUGUCCCCUGCACCCUCGUGGCACCCUCGGCCGCGCUCCGCCAUCUCUCCCCCCUCCCGUUCGGGUGUCCCCAGGAGGACACUGGUGCCCCGGGUGAACCACAGGCGGAGACCACAGAAGUACAGCCCUUAACUGUACUACUGAGGAAGAGGGUUUCCCAGUUAAAAGUUGCUGGGUGCUACUGGAACAAUAUAUUGAGAGCCUACACCCAAAGGCAUUUGUAUUAACGGCUGGAGUUUCUAAUGCUAGAAUAGGACAUAAACAAUGAGGCACAAUAUAUGCUACUGAAGCCUCGGUCGUGUACCCAUUCUCCUGAAAACGAGCCCCCUUGAACUCAGUGGGACUAACUUUUGAGUAGUUAUGCAUAGCGUUGUACUCUUAAGUGUUUGGAUUUAGAUGCUCUGGAAGACUGUUUUGUAGCAUAUGUUCCAAAGACACCAAGAUUAAUUACCUGGUUCCUUAUUGGCCCUGUGGGUUAGACACUUAGGUGCUAAAAAUCUUAAUGGGUCCUUGCCUAAUUAUGUUGAUGGCCAAUGCCAUCCCCCCUCCACGUCUUCCUUUUUUUAAAUUUUGUAUUCCUUGAAAUGUCAUUUAAGUUUUAAACUCCUUACCCCCUGUUUUAAUUAAAAACACCCGGUUAUCUUCUGGGAGGUGGCAUAAACAUGCAAUGGUUGGGGCGAGCUGGAGAUCAACAGUGGUUCUUCCAGUGGUGCAACAAUAAAGCUUGCUAGCACAUUUGCAAAGCUAAGCAGGGUCCAUUAUGGUUUCAAAUCAGAUGGGGAACCAUGUGUUGAGAUUCUUGCAUUGCAGAGGGUUGGACUAGAUGACCCUCAGGACCCCUUCCAAUUCUACAAUUCUGUGCCUCCCUCUCCUACUUGGUUUCUUUUGUCCUCUUUUGAAAGGUGGGUCCAGCUUUCUUCUAUGCAAACAGGAUAAAGAGGAUGGGCAUAUACUAUGGACAUAAUACAUGAAAUUGUGUUAUCAUGUAGGGUGGGAACAUAAUAUAAAUUAAUAUCAAACAUUUGUUUAAUGCUAACAGUAAGCUAGUUGAAGUAUAGACCAGAACGAUAAUGCAGUCCUUAAACAUAGGGUUUUGGACCAAGGCUUGGUCCUGUUCUGCUGAAUAGGAAGUGGAAAGAAAAGACAUCCGUUUUAUCCCUCUUCCUCCUAAAUCAUCGCUUUUGUAAUACAUAGAAGUCAAAACAUUUCCCUUCCUGGCUGAAAGCAUGACAUCCACUGCACAGCUAUGGCCUGGCCUCCGUGGUCCAUCUUUGGUGUGGGGAGGUGAGGAAUUGGCAUGUCUUGAUGUCACUGGUAGAUACAGGCUUUGAAAACCAUGGUGCAGGCCUGGCCCUCAAUGUUUAUGUUGGGUAGGUGAGAUGGGUGUUGCAAGGAGAAGUUACAGAUGGAUUUAAAAAUGGGGCUGAGAAGGUGGAAGGUGGAAGGACUUCAUCAGCGGAAGGUAGGGCGAGGCGUGCAUUUGACCUGGAGAACAGCAGGACACGGUUGAUGCCAUGCAGGCUGAUUUCAGAUGAG